AUGAGUGAACAGCAACAUAAGCUGAUCAGAGGGGCCGUCUCACUGACUGGACUCUACCUGGUGUACGGAUAUGGUGCCGCCCUGCUCUGCAACCUGAUUGGUUUCGUCUAUCCUGCUUAUUAUUCAAUCAAAGCUAUCGAAAGUGUGAGCAAAGAAGACGACACCAAAUGGCUGACGUACUGGGUGGUGUACGGCGUCUUCAGCUUGGGCGAGUUCUUCUCCGACAUUUUCCUCUACUGGUUCCCGUUCUACUACGCUUUUAAGUGUCUCUUCCUGUUGUGGUGCAUGGCCCCAAUGACCUGGAACGGCUCCCAGAUCAUCUACAACAAAGUGGUUCGGCCCAUCUUCCUCCGCCACGAGGCCACGGUGGACAACAUGGUCAGCGACAUCAGUGGGAAGGCCAUGAGCGCCGCCGAGAACCUGACCAGAGAAGUGCUGUCCACUCUGGUGAAGAGUAAAUCCCUGGUGACGCCGGCGGCACCCGACACUAAAAGUUUACCGAGCUCAUCAGGAGAAACAUCGUCAGCUAAAGUUGGUCCGUCGCUGCCGAGUGAAGAACAAAGAAGACAGACAGUGUAG